AUGCGGAGGUCAGCCUUCUGUGCUCAGCGCGACGCGCAAAACCGAGGCGGUAGUACGCACAGCAGCACCAGCAACAACAACAACGGUGCUAAGUCGAGUCCAGGCGCCGCUGCUGCAGCCUCGCUGAAUGUGUGGACAGGCACUCGUCUCCUCGACUCCACUGCGCAGAUACUCGCAGCGCAGCCGGCAGACCCGCUGCGUGUGCUGAGCGUUCGCUUCUCUACUGAAGCCGUCCUGACCGCUACUUACCCCACAACGUCUGCGCCGACGGGGGAAAGAAAGUUGGAGGCGGAAGCGGGUCGCGUGAUCGGCGCACCGUCGGCACCGGGGGCAGUGAAGUCUACCGCGUACAAUAAUGGUUCAGAAAACCCGAACCUGUCGCUCGUCACGAACGGCCGUAACGCGUCCGUACCUCCAGUGGAGCACCUGAUAGAGCAAACCUGGGUAAGGCAGCGCCUGCAACCGUACGGCCUGCACGCAGUGGCGCGGUGUGCGUGUGCGUGUCCGCCGCUGCGCCCCCCGCCUGCCGCCCCGAGUCGCUUUGCAGUAAGCACGUCACCAGUGGGCAGUGCGGAAGGCCUCGAUACCGCUACCGCCAGAGCUGCGUACGCCACGUCGUCACCUCUACUUCCGCAGUGGAUGGACAUGUUUGCCUUGCUGCAUCGACAGAGUCGCAUGUCCUAUGUUGAACUCGCUGCCGAAGCCAAGCACUGGGACGCCCGAUCAUGCAGUGCAGCUGUUAUGCCGCCAGUCGACUACAGCGCCGCUGAAGAGAUUCCUGCCUCGGCAGUGCUUCUAUGUGUGAUGGCGGUCAUUGAAGAGCACCUGCGCCGUGCAGAGUGUGGCGGGAGAACAAGUGGUGCUGAGAGGCCGCCUCGGCUGUGCCGCCGCCUCCAAAUCUCAGUGAAGCUGCUGGCGCUGCAGCUCCUGGCAGCCUUCAUGGAUCUCCAGCACAACGUCGAGAGCACCCAGUGUAGCAGCAACAGCAGCAGCGCGAGUGCUUUAGAUCCAAAACAAGAGGACGAAGUCCAGGAGAGCAACCACGAUGACAGCAACACCAUAACAGGGGACACUGGUGUCUGUCACAUCACACACGGCGUUUAUCUCCUGACCGCCCAUCAGCUUGAUGAACUUCAUCACUGGCUGCACUGCUGUUUGCGGGAGAUGAUCAUUUCGCCCCUCUCACCGCAUACGGCCGGCACAACCGCCGUGGAUGGAAGAGACGGCUGUGGCACCAGGAGCGGUGAGGCAGACGAUCUCGAUGCCGGGUCACCGCUGGAAGCCCUUAAGUCACGGGCCACAGCUUACUUGACCCGCGUUCUCGGGAGCCCUGCGCAUGGCAUGGCAGCGCCGGCGAGCAUGAUGGGCGUGGUGUCUCUGGACACUUUCGUUGCCUUCAUGGAGCGCCUGGCCGCCGUUGUUGUGGCACAUCAGCAAACAGCAGUAUCAAUGGCGAUCGCCCUCUCUGCUCGGUUGCCACCGACAGCCACGGCCUCAGCAGGAGAGGCACAACUACCAGCAUGGGUAAUAGAACAUGUCAGCAAGUGUGCUGAUGCCGUUGUGCAACAACAGACGGUUCUGCAAGAUGACUCGAUACCGGAUCCAAUCACCUCUACGGUGCCGCUGGCGUGGAGGGUGUACGUCAACCAGAUCUCGGAGCUUCUGGAACCCUUCCAGCGCGAUCUUCUGGCGCACGUGUGUCGAGAACAGCAAGAAGAGAAAAACCACCGUGGCACCUUGAAUGAUGGCAUCCUGUGCAAACUCCAACGACGGCUCCUGUCAUGGGCGACAGAGGCGGUGCACCGCCAUGCCCAGGCUCAGAAAAGGCUCACACCAGACGACUUUUCUCCCGCAGUGGUGGCAGCUGAGGUGGUUGGUGUGUGGGUGUCGCAUGUAUUCGAAGCCUACACCGUCACCCUCUAUCCGAAUUGA